UAUCAAUAGUGUUAAUGCAAUGGCGCUAGCAGCUGCUUCUAGCCGGACUUAUCGCACCGCGUAUCUCUCCAUGGUUUGGAGAAUAGGUGGUGACUGAUUCCGCUGACAGCAAACUGCCAUCAGUUCCCGAUCGGUUCGCAACCACUGAAGGUUAACGCCACAACGUACAGUGCAAGGGAGGUAUUCGCCAUGAACAAACCACCGGUUCUGUUUUGCAUUUUGCUGUUGCUACUGCAUGUUGCACCGAGCAAACAGCAGGUGUCCACACCAUCCGAUCCACACUACUGGGCAGGUGUGGUAGAAUUCCGAUCCGACCGGGCAUCCGGUGAAACGGUUGUCAUCAGCACUGCGAACCGCCUGGAACAGUAUAUAGACAUUAUUAAUUCGGGCGAAGCAAACGUUACCGAUGUGCUUGUGUUUCCGGAAGGUACACUAAAUGGCUACGAAACCGCAUCCUUUGUACCGCAUCCACAGGAACAAAUUGUACCGUGCAACAACCUGCAGUACGAACGGGUUGUGCGUGACAUUUCCUGUGCGGCACGCAACCGUAAAAAGUACAUCGUGAUUAAUCUGACCGAAAAGGCGAAAUGUCCCGAGCAGCUGGAUACGCGUCCCUGCAGCCCGGAUGGGUUGUAUCGUUUCAACACGAACGUCGCCUUCGACCGGGAGGGUGCGGUCGUGUCACGCUACCGAAAGUUCAAUCUGUUUGGUGAGGCUGGAAUUAAUACGACGACGUACCCGGAGAUUGUGAGCUUCGAGACGGAUUUCGGGGUAAAGUUUGGGCACUUCAUCUGCUUCGACCUGAUGUUCAACGAACCCGCCCUCGAGCUGGUCCGGUUGGGCGUUACGGAUUUCAUCUUCCCGACGAUGUGGUUCUCGGAACUGCCCUUCCUAACAGCGUCACAGAUUCAACAAGGAUGGGCAUUCUCGAACAAUGCGAACCUGCUAGCGGCCGGUGCAAGCUUCCCGGGUGUUGGCAGUACCGGUACGGGUGUAUAUUCCGGUCGGCGUGGUGCAAUCACGACCGUCAUGAAUCACGAACCACAAACUAAAUUGUACGUUGUGCAGGUUCCUAAAAUGAAUUUCCCGAAUGCGGCCAUUAGCAAGAUACCGCAACCGAAAGGUACACCGGCCGAGAUGGCGAAACUGUUUCUCAAACGGGACCAGAUCGAUAAGUACACUACGAAGGAUCUUCCGAUGACAUCGAACGCGCAGCUGGAAGAGCGUGUUUGCUAUCAAAGCCAUUGCUGCAACUUUACCAUCAAUUAUAGCGUGAAAUCAAAUCUACAAAACACGAACUACUAUCGCUACAAGCUAGCUGCGUAUGAUGCCGGUCGUACGUUUGAUGGUUUUGCCGAUGGCCAGAUUACGACCUGUGCGAUAUUUGCUUGCUCUUCCGCCAACUAUAGUGACUGCUCGGGACGGUUCGGUGCGAACGAAGUGUACGAGGAAGCGGUCACGUUCAAUGCCAUCACCAUAGUGGCUAAGUUCGCGGACAAUUCGGAAACGUUUGUGCUACCGAACAACGUCGACACCAGUAUCGUACCGUUCGACGUGUCGGACACGGAAUACCUCGUCGUUCCGAGCGUGGGCGAUCCAACACCUCAUAACAUUGUGACUUACAAACUGAACAACGCUCAUUCGGAUCUCUUCACGUUCGCUAUCUGGGCGCGUAAGUUCGAGCGUCAUGCAAGCGCUGGCGCUAAUCCUUCCAGCCUGGUCCCGACGUUAGUAUUGAUUGCGGUUGGUGUGGCGGGUUUGGUGAAGAAUUUGUGGUGAUUUUAAUAGCAUCCGCUACUUCCAGCACUACCAUUCGCAUUGACGAACUGUAAUUAUCACUCCUCAUCAUGAUGAUCACUUUCAUACACGCUACUCUCAUCCAGUUCUGACCAAACAACAAUGCGUACUAGUAUCGUGUUGCUUUAAUAAACAGAUAUGCGGUACAUCUCCAA